GAGGGAGGGAGGGAACGGGGCAUCUGGAGGCUGGGUGUCUCUUCUCUCCCCUGGAUUUCCCCCUGAGCUGUGAGUGAGCCGCCUCGGGCCGGGCCGGGCUAGGCUGAAGCUGGGGCUGGGGCGGGGUGGGGGGCCUCUCCAUGGUACAAAAGACCAGUAUGUCUCGGGCCUCUUAUCCACCCACCCAGGACAUCCCGAUGGAGGUCUUCGACCCCAGCUUACAGCAGGGCAAAUACAGCAAAAGGAAGGGACGGUUUAAACGUUCGGAUGGCAGCACCUCAUCUGACACCACUUCUAACAGCUUUGUCCGCCAGGGCUCGGCAGAGUCCUACACCAGUCGGCCCUCUGACUCAGACGUGUCCCUGGAGGAGGACAGGGAAGCCCUGAGGAAGGAGGCUGAGCGCCAGGCCCUGGCCCAGCUUGAGAAAGCCAAGACCAAGCCAGUGGCAUUUGCGGUGAGGACGAAUGUGGGCUACAACCCAUCACGGGCGGAUGAGGCCCCUGUCCAGGGCCUGGCCAUCACCUUUGAACCCAAGGACUUCCUGCACAUCAAGGAGAAAUACAACAAUGACUGGUGGAUAGGACGGCUGGUGAAGGAGGGCUGUGAGGUCGGCUUCAUCCCCAGUCCAGUCAAACUGGACAGCCUGCGGAUGGUACAAGAGCAGAAGAUGCGGCAGAACCGGCUCAGCUCCAGCAAAUCGGGUGACAACUCCAGCUCCAGUCUGGGCGAUGUCGUGACUGGCACCCGAAGACCUACUCCGCCAGCCAGCGGUAAUGACAUGACUAACUUAGCUUUUGAGUUAGAUCCCCUAGACUUAGAGGAGGAAGAAGCCGAGUUCUGCGACCAUACAGGCUCCCCUAAGCCUAGUGUUAGCAGUAUCACCACCCCGUCUCCCCAUGGAAAGCGAAUCCCCUUCUUUAAGAAGGCGGAACAUGUUCCCCCUUAUGAUGUGGUACCUUCCAUGAGGCCCAUUAUCCUGGUGGGACCAUCACUCAAGGGUUAUGAGGUCACAGAUAUGAUGCAGAAGGCUUUAUUUGAUUUCUUAAAGCAUCGAUUUGAUGGCAGGAUCUCCAUCACUCGAGUAACAGCUGACAUCUCUCUUGCCAAACGUUCUGUCCUCAACAACCCUAGCAAACACAUCAUUGUUGAGCGCUCCAACACUCGCUCCAGUCUAGCUGAGGUACAGAGUGAGAUUGAACGGAUCUUUGAGCUGGCCCGGACACUGCAGCUGGUAGCCCUGGAUGCUGAUACCAUCAACCAUCCUGCCCAGCUGGCCAAGACAUCAUUGGCCCCCAUCAUCGUUUACAUCAAGAUUACCUCCCCCAAGGUACUCCAGCGCCUCAUUAAAUCCCGAGGGAAGUCUCAGUCCAAACACCUCAAUGUUCAGAUAGCAGCAUCAGAAAAAUUGGCACAAUGCCCACCUGAAAUGUUUGACAUCAUCUUGGAUGAGAACCAAUUGGAGGAUGCUUGUGAGCAUCUGGCAGAGUACCUGGAGGCCUACUGGAAAGCUACCCACCCACCUAGUAGCACACCACCCAACCCGCUGCUUAACCGUACCAUGGCCACUGCAGCCCUGGCCGCCAGCCCUGCCCCAGUCUCCAACCUCCAGGGAGCGUACCGAAUGCCUGGGGACCAAGCGCCUGAGCGGGCAGCGGGGGAGCGAGCCAGCUUACAUGAGUACCAGGGGGAGCUGGGCCCGGCGCAGGGCCUCCACGCCGGCGGCCACCCUCCGGCCCGGGCAGGCACCCUCCGGGCGCUGUCCCGCCAGGACACUUUCGAUGCUGACGCCUCGGGCAACCGUAACUCUGCCUACAUUGAGCUUGGGGACUCUUGUGUGGACAUGGAGACUGACCCCUCGGAGGGCCCCGGGCCCGGAGACCCUGCGGGGAGCAGCUCGCCUCCGGCCCGACAAGGCUCCUGGGAGGAGGAAGACGAAGAGGAGGAGCUGCCCGACAACCGCAAUCGGGCCACGCCCCGGGGCCCGGCCAAAGCCCAGUACUGUCCGGAGGGGGGUGGGGCCGUGCUGGGCCGGAACAAGAACGAGCUGGAGGGCUGGGGCAGGGCCGUCUACAACCGCUGAGGUUGCAGGGCCGGGCCAGGGAGGAAAGAGGUUUUAGGGUAAGGAAAGAGGGCGAAUACUGACCAACCUGAGGAGCUAGGAGAAGCGCGGGUGUCUCAUCUCCUGGGGCAUUUCGUCACCCCCACAUAAGGAGUCACCUCACCUAAGGAGCAAUAGCUUCCCCUCUGGGGGAGGGUACCUCACCCUUCUGUGGGAGGUUACCGCACCUGGGGGGCUAGCUCACCCUUGGGGGCCUAUCUCACCCCUCUGGGAUGCCUUUACUUCACUCUUUUUUAGAAGAGUAUAGGUAUAGAGUAUUCUCCAACUACUCUCUGGGGUGUGGUCUCACUCCCCAAAGGGGGAAAUGACCCUUCUGUGGGUGGGGUCUCAUUUCUAGGGGAUAGUCCUGCCCUUCUUGGAUGCCUUUGCUCACUCUUGUGGGAUAUCAUCUCACCUCCUGGGAAGUGGGGGGAGGGGUUUAGCGCCCCCCUGCAGAGUGUUAUCCUUCUUGGGGGGCAGAUAGAUCACCUGAGGGAAUGAGGUAAUUGCCCUUCUCCAUCUAGGCUAUUUACCUUCUUCUCUUUAGGGCGUUUUCUCCCCAAAGUUCGUUAACCUUUUCAGCCCCAGGUCCUAAGCAAAAGUCCUAAUAGGGUUGGCCUCUCCCCCUCCUACUCUUGGGGAACUGGGAAGGGUAGAGAAGAAGGAUUCUUCCUGGAUUGAGACUUGCACAGAACAUCCUUUCCAUGAGACCUAUCUCCUCCCUUGAGCCGUAGACCCAGCUCCCUCCUCAUUCUCCAGUUUCUUGGCAGCUUUGUUAGGAGUGGGGGGGUAAAGGGCUGAGCCUUUAGCUCUGUCCCAUUCACAUUGGUGGGGAGGGGGGUUCCAGGUGUGAGUGAGUAACCACCAUCAAGUUCAUGAUCACAGAUCCCAAGGGAGGGGUCUGGGCCCAGUGCCUCAAUCGCUUGAGGGAGGAGGAAGAUGGGAACCUCCCCCUUUGUUGGGGUCCGCCUGUCCACCCCCACGCUUCAGCCCCUGUCCCUGCUCCCCUGACCUUUGCUUCCAAUCGCCACUACACUGUACUCUUGCCAAGCCUAAACAGGAGGAGUCUUUCUCCUCUUCUCACACCCUUAACUCCAUGCCUCUGUGGUAGGGUACCCAUCGUAGGCUGUUCCCUGUCUCUUUUGGAAACCAAAAAUUGUUUUCCCUGUUCUUGCCCUGGAGACCAGUCCCUGCCCAGGCUUAGCAAGGAAAGAGGCCAGGGCCUUGGCUGGCAUUGGGGCAGUGCCCUCACCCGGUGGGCACCGUCCGUACUGACCUCAGUUUCUCCCUUUGGAAUCCCUGCUCGCUGCUGCUGUGUCUGCCUCUCGUGUUAUGAACUCCAUCUCCGGAUCCCCAGUGCUCUGAGGAGAGGCUGCCGGCCUCCCUGAGACCACCCUCCUCUCCCAUCCCACUUAGGGUUGCCAUCUUGACUUGGUGUUUGUAAUCCCCCCAGCUCUCUCCGGGGAAGAGAACCAUUUGUGCCAAUGAGGUCUGGGCCCUGCCUGCCUCAGGGAUGGGCCAUCAUGCCUGUCUCACCACCUCCUGUGCCAACUUCACCCCCGACCCCUCACUCACUUUGGGGGGGAUAGGUGACAACUCACUGGUCGGAAGACACCACUGCCCGGCCUCCGUCCCACCUCCCCCUUCUGUCUCCUCCUGGACGGCUUUCCCUCCCAUCUCUCGGUUGAGUACUUUGCCAGAUAGAUAGUAAAAAAAAAAAAAAAAAGCCCCCUUCCCCCCUCCCCCCCAGUCCUUUCCCCAAGCCUGGUCCUUUCCCCCGCCAUGCAUGUAGGAGCAGGUGCGCGCAUGGACAUACUCGUGAGCUGACAUGCAUGGGAGAGGGAGGGGUGCGGGGGAACAGCGUUGGCAGGGGGAGGGGGGAGCUAUGAAUAAAAAGUGCCGGAGCUGUUGACUCAGAGAGAAAGUCA